UUUUCAUUUUUUGUGAGCCCGAAAUUGUUUUUAUAAAAAGACGCGCUGUUAUGGUCACAUAGCCAUGUGUGAAUUAAAAUGGGCUCAAUCGCAUCGGUGCUGCAAUGGCAUUGUCAGGCGUGCGGUCAAAUCAACCCUACGGAGAGUGUGAAAUGUUUGAAAUGUGGUAUAAAGAGAGUAUCUGGUCAUGACAGUGAGAUUACAAAACGUUAUUGCACCGAUUCGUCUUCUGAAUACGCAUCGCGGACAGAAAAGAGUGGCGGCACAACCCCUGGGUCAGAGGCGAUCGUCAUACCGACAACAAACAAUUUCAAUAGCGGAUGGUCGUGCGUCGGAUCGGCGCCGCUGGCAAGCCGCGCGUGGCGUUGCGGCUGCGGCCUGCGGAACGUGUCCGCGUCUUGGCGCUGUGCGGCCUGCGACAAGAUCGCACCCCAUGCGCCUGUUUACAGACUAUCCGAUGACGAGGAUCAAUCUUCAGGGAUGACUGACAAGGAUAAGUCUGAUCAAGACCACAGUAUGAUAAGAUCCAACACACUAGCGGUCCCAUCAUAUAAACCCUCGUCAAGUUAUUCCGGUGGUGGCCCUCUGAACCUCGAUGUGCAGUCGCUUCGGUUAUCCCCUACGCAAAUAACUGAUCAUGCUCACGGAGUGACCAGAUCUCUAUCGCAUGGCUCAGUUAUAAAUUCCCAGCAUAAAUGGUGGAAUGUGGAGGAAACUAGAGGGACUAUAAAUAGGCCCACGAGUUUGCUGGUCUCAGAGAGAUACGGCACUUCGUCCUGCACUCCAAGGGAAUCAUUCUUAAGAAGUAUCCACACAGUUACGAGACGUCCCAAAAAGUGUAACGAGAGCAAAUCGAACUGGGAGCUUAAUUACGUUAAAGAGUAUCAAAGGGAGCAGAGUAGAGCUUUACAUUUGAAAAAGUGGGCGUGCAGUAAAUGUACUUUAGAGAAUUCGGGUAUACGCACGCAUUGCGAAGCUUGUUUGUCGCCGAGAAUCUCCCCAUUAUCACGUAUCUCAAAUACUAGAGGUCUUAGUGUCACUACGUUGGGACGACACGAAACGUUGAGCGGUCGAGAUGGAGCGACCUCGUUACCAACGUCCGGUGGUAUUAUGAUCACCGUCCCCGAUUGGCCACAGUCCACGAAUUUAGGAGAUACUUUCCAAAGGUCAAUUAGUGCUCAGAACUCCCCGGAAACGCGACCGACGUAUCGCCGAUCGUUUUCUGAACAGAAUAACGAGAAACGGCCAGUCGGGAAAGUUAUAUCAAGCAGACGAAGUCUGAACGAUUACCAGAGAUCCCUUGCGAGUUAUUGUAACACAUUAACUAAACCGGAAGAAAAAGUAAGUGACAAAAAGGAGGAUACGACAGAAUUGAUUGAUAAGGAAUGCAGUUGGGACACGAACGCUGAAGGCGUGAUUUACGCGCUACCCAACAAGGGAAAAUACAAGGAUCUGAAUCUCCAGUUACAGGUGAACAAUAAUGGAACAAGGUACUCGUACGUGUCAGUCCAAGAUACGAAAACAGUGAUGAGCAAUUCCCAAAAUGAAGUGUUGUAUUCCAAUGAUAUAGGGGAAGGAGAUUACGCUAGAAUCGACGAGUUGUUAGGUGCAGAGAACUGUAUAUCGCCUGUUGGUGAGAGUAAUAUAAGGACCUCGCAUAUCGGUGCGUCGAAAGAGACUGGUAAAGUGUUUCACAUGUUGCCCUCGAUGGGCAAAGUGUCGCAUAACCCCAGGGAGCCGUCUAAAGUGCCUUCUAUGCAGCAGUCAUCGCGCGAGUCGAGUGGCGCCGCGCGCAUGUGGCAAUGCAGCGAGUGCUGGUUCGCGUACAACGCGUGGGGCGCCCGCUGCGACGUGUGUCGGAGCGCUAGGCCUCCGCACGCCGUCACGUUAGCUCCGCCCCCUGAAAGGGAGCAACCCAGGAGCAGAAAUAACUCGACAUCUGAAGCGAGUGGUCCCAAGCCGGAGUUGAAUCGCAACGAGCCGCCUAAGAAGCUCACGGUUCCGAUAGCCUCGCUUGACCACGACCUGAACAGCGACGAGCUCUUGUUUGCUGUUGACCCUACCCCGACUCCAAACGCUGAAGCGAUAACUUGGACAUGCGGGCGAUGUACCCUAGUCAACGAGCCCACUGCCUCCGCAUGCGCGGCUUGCGCUGGUUCAAGGCCCUCGCCUCAUACACAUUGGUCAUGCAGUUCGUGUACCCUACGGAACCCGUUGUCAGCCAACUUGUGCCUCGCGUGCAAAACACCGCCCGUGCCUAAGCACGGCGUUCCGGGAUCUUCCGCUGAGGCCAAUCACGGUGCGGCAGUUGGAAGAAGUCCGUCACGGCAUACCCCGGCCCCGCGACGUGCGGCGUCAAGACACAAAACUCCACCACCAGAACACAAAGCAGAAAAUUCUGAGUGGCCAUGCUCGGAGUGCACGUUCGUAAACGCGGGCACUGCGCUAGCCUGUGACAUGUGCCAGUCGCCCAAAACCAGACUGCUGCCCGCCGCGCCAGACCAGCCCAGCUUGGAUGACGACGAUUCACCCGAAGGAUCCGAUGGCGAGAGGCAAGAAAGUACUCCAAUGGAAAUACUACGGCUUAGAGAAGAGAGUCAUGCUUGGACGCAGUGGCAGGAGGUUUUGGCUCAAUGCGCCGCGACAGGCGAAAUGUACGUUGACGAGUCAUUUCCCGCGGCGCCACGGUCGUUGUACUAUACCGGGUCCGGUGAGGCCAGCGGGGCUGGAGGCGCCGGGGCGGCCGCUAGGUGGCUUCGGCCUCAACACAUCCACGUGGACGCCGACCCAAGAAUGCCCUGGGUUGUGUUCCGGGAUCCUCGUCCCUCGGAUAUAUCUCAAGGUGUACUUGGAAACUGCUGGUUGUUAUCUGCCCUAGCGGUCUUGGCGGAGCGUUCAGCUCUCGUCAGGAGUGUGGUGGUGCGAGCUGAACCGGCUCGAGGCGCGUACCAGCUGCGGCUGUGCAAAGAUGGCCGCUGGUUGACCGUGACCUUGGACGAUCUCCUGCCUUGUAACCGGAAGGGACAUCUAGUCUAUUCUCAGGCUAAAAGGAAACAGUUAUGGGUGCCCUUGAUAGAAAAAGCUGUUGCAAAGUUACAUGGAUGUUACGAAGCUUUGGUUUCUGGACGGGCGAUUGAAGGUCUUUGCACACUAACGGGAGCUCCGUGCGAAUCAGUAUCCCUUCAGGCAGGAGGGGCUGGUGGUGGGACAGGGGGCGGAGCACCCCUGGAACCGCUGGACCGGGACCUCGUGUGGGCGCAACUCCUGUCUUCGAGGCAGGCUUGUUUCCUGAUGGGUGCGAGCUGUGGAGGCGGCAAUAUGAAGGUGGACGAGGAGGAGUACCAGCGGCUGGGGCUGCGGCCGCGCCACGCCUACUCCGUGCUGGACGUGGUGGAGCUGGCGGGCUACAGCCCCCCGCUGCGCCUGCUGCGCCUGCGCAACCCCUGGGGGCACUACACGUGGCGCGGCGCCUGGGCCGCCAACUGCCCGCGCUGGACGGACGCGCUGCGCAGGGCCCUGCCCGCCGCCAGCGCCGACAGGGACCAGGGCGUCUUCUGGAUCAGUUUCGAAGAUGUGCUCAAGUACUUCGACUGUAUAGACAUUUGUAAAGUGCGGGUCGGCUGGCACGAGGUCCGCCUGGCGGGUAUCUUGCCCCCGAUGUCGUCCACGCGACACCUCACCUGCCUAUUGCUCACCGCCACGCAACCCACUGAAGUGGACUUCACUCUCUUCCAGGAAGGACAGAGAAAUUCAGAAAAAAGUCAGAGAUCGCAACUGGAUCUUUGUGUAGUCGUGUUCAGAACUAAAUCUGGCCCGAGCGCACAAGUGGGUAAACUCGUCGCGCACAGUAAAAGACAAGUUCGAGGGUUUGUUGGCUGCCACAAAAUGUUAGAAAAAGGUUUCUACUUAGUUGUGUGCCUGGCCUUCAAUCACUGGCACACUGGCCUUGAACUGGCCGACAGUUCCGCCUGGCCGAGACACGUGUUGGCGGCACAUUCCUCCAAACCCUUGGCCGUGGAGAGACCUUCUCUGCACCCCCAUAUCUUGGCCGAUGCCAUCAUUGGCCUGACCUUGGCCCGGGGACAGAGGCAUGAAGGGAGGCAAGGCAUGACUGCGUACUACUUGACUAAGGGCUGGGCGGGCCUCGUGGUGAUGGUAGAGAACAGACACACGGACAAAUGGAUCCACGUAAAGUGCGACUGCCAAGAGAGUUACAACGUUGUUUCCACUAGGGGUGAACUCAAGACCAUCGAUUCUGUACCACCAUUGCAUAGACAAGUCAUAAUAGUGCUAACGCAACUGGAGGGUAGCGGUGGCUUCUCAAUAGCGCACAGGCUAACGCACCGACUGGCGGCCGGCGCGCGGCUUCAGGACUGGGCUCCCAGGCCUGAUGACGCACCGAGGCACCGCCCACCCCUCGCGAGAAGACUCAGCGGGUUACACGCUCCGAGACUCAUCACCUAGGACUUAGGACUUAUCUCCUAGGACUUAGGACUUAGCUCCUUGAAGUCCUUGAUAAUUUCCACUUGGACUAGUAAUAUUAGGGGCCCAGGACUUAUAUUUAAUGCUACACGCUUCGGGACUCAUCACAUAGACGUGGGACUUAUCUCCUAGAAGGCCAUAAACAUUACUACUAGGACUUGUGACAAAGAAGGAAUUUGUAACUUAUCUUCUAUGAAACUCCUUAGACUCAUCACAUAGGCCACUAACUCAGAACUUAUCUCCUAAAAUACCUUGAUAAUUUAUAUUAUAUCCUAUGUUACAAGCUCCUCGGACUUAGGACUUAUCCCUUGAAGGCCAUGAUAAUUUCUACUACGACUUGUAACAUAGAAGGGACUUGGAUUUCUAUUCUAUGGAAGAUAGUCCAGUUGCCUAAAAGAAAUUAGGAUAUCCCCUAUAAUGGCCAUAAAAACUUUCUACCAGGCCUUAUUACAUAAUCUUUUAUGUAAUAAGGCCUACAUUUACAUAUUAAAAUGACUAAAAUGAUCUUAAAACGUAAGGUACAGGUCUAGGUAGGUUUCCAAAACCCUCUACACCUAACAGUACUGCCUUAAAAUCAAGUAAAAAAAAAACGAGAGGCUUGAUGCAUGCGUAUGCGUAUCUAUACUCAAAACGUGCGUUUUUAGUAGGCUUUGAAAACGCUUUGGAAUACGCAAAGGAAGGUGGUAAUAAAAUCAGUACUUAGUUUUGAUUUCUAUUUUAACCCAGUGAUAGUUUAUAACCAUAAUUACUGCUUGUACCCAUGAUUACCGAACGGUAAUCCCGACGAUUACCAAAAGUACCCAUCGGUCCACCAAUAUUAAUAGGGUUUAGAAUUUCGUUAGGGAUAUUAAAUUGUAUUAUUAUGUGUAGAAAGGAACGUGUUAUUUUAUUGUUUGAGCUAAUUUUCUUACGUAUAACGUAUUUUAACGGUUAGUAUAUUUUCAGAGGAAACAGAGUUAAAGUAUAAUUAAUUUAUAACUAGGAAUUGGUGACAAAAUUUCAGGACAAGUUUGAUAACAAAGAUUCCAGGUCAAGUUUGGUGACAGUUUCGCAUUAAUUGAUCGACCAUGACAUGACAUGACAUCCAUGAUAACUGAAAUUGUGGUACAAGAUGUGCUAUUGACAACUGAAACAAUAAUUGAUUUAAAAUUACAUCUAUCAGGCCUUUAUUGACUUUGCUCAUCACAUCAACUCAACACCUAUUGGACUGAAAUUUA